GAAAAGAAGCUCCAUUUGUUCUGACUUGCAUAUUCAAGAGAAAAUCCAAUGCUGCCCUAUGGUUUAUUAAUAUGUUAGUUAGGCCCAAGUGCUUUCCCCUCUCUCCUCUCUCCUCUCUCCUCUCUCGGUCUGUUGUUCUGUUCUUUUUACCCUUUUCUCUCUUUCUCCUUCUCCUUCUCCCUCACGCUCUCCUUCUUCCUGCUCAGCUUUUCAUGGUCCAGAAUUGCUUGCUUUUUCCCCUUCUCUACAUUUUCCGUGAUCUGAAUCAUUCUUCAUUGCCACUCUGCCCAAUCAACGGUCCUCGUUCCUUCCCCUUCCCCUUCCCCCCUCCCCUUCCCCUCCCACAUCUUCACCUCGCCCGAUUCCUCUGACCAUUCUCCGACCUCCACACCUCUCCACACAUCUUCUACCCGUCUUUUUCUCUCUCUUGAUAUCUCUUGAUAUCUCUUCCUCUACUUCUCCCCACCCACCACCACCAGCACCACCACCACCACCUUCUCUCUCGUUGCCGUUAACAGCAUCUCAAUUUAGCAUUACCACCUCAAUUAACUAGCACCUCCACAUGCACAUCCACAUCCAGCUCUACCCCAUUAUUCACACAGUCCUAUUCAUCCAUCCAUACCCGUCGACGCAUGUCCGUGAACUUUUGUGGUGGCCCUCCACUUUUCAUGCAGAGCUAAUUGCCCCUCCCCUUGUCUUCAUAUGUGGCUCUCUCUACACCGUGCUGCCAAUGAGAUCGUCCCCUCCAUUGCACUUAGAAGCUUAGUAGUUAGAUCCCUUUCUUGCUUUCCUGGCUCUCCACGCCCCCCCUCGGAUAUCGAACGUCGGACCCUUGUGCCAAUUGUGACGCUAAGGAGGCCAUCAGUUCGCAUCUUGAUCCAUUCGCCGGUCAUUCAGCCUUUCCUUAGGAGAUCCUUACAAUUAUAUUACAUUUACAAAUACCCCCUUCUUUGAAGCUUCAUAUCUUGCUGUUCCAUCGAUAUCCCGAUCCAUAUCCGUAUACCCACCCAUCAAUUCACACACACAGUACAGACAGACAGACAGACAGACAGACACACUUCUUUAUAUUUUACCCCAGAUCUAAUUAUAUUAAUUGUCCUGUUGCGUCGUCCACAUCAGCAGCUCCGUCGGCCGCUUCACGAUACAUAGGUAAAAAGGAUCCGUGGGACGAUAUCUUCAACGGAGAUAUCCAUUUCAAUCUCUCUGGCAUUUCGUCAUCUUGCCCCAAAAGAAGAGGAGCGAGAAGAGAAAAAGAGACCAAUCAUUUUGUUCUCUCUUGUCGCACAUUGAAAACGUACAAGCAUUUUGUUUUAAACUAUUUUGGCGAUACCACUGUUCUUGUUCUUUGAAGAGUGUCUCUCGCGUGUCCACCAUAGGUAGCUUUCCCCGCAUCAAGGUUGCGCCUCGCUCAUCUUCGAUCCCUCGAGACUAUUUACAAGCCUACUUCGCCGCAGAAGAACUUCCACACUUUCUUAGAACCUCCCACCUUCUUUUCAAGACAACCACCACUCCCCAAAUCUUUUCCAAAAUUACAACCUCAUCCAUAAUAAAUUUAUCUGCACAACUCAUACCUUCGCACAGCCACGAUAUAUAUUCUUUCCAUUCUUCCCUCCAGAGAUUCAUCGGUCGAGCGAGAAAGAGAGCUUUGGCCUUUCGUGCCUUUAUCCUUCCCACGACAAUGGGCUACGCAUAGUCCGGGCGACACAAAGCCUUUACGAGUUCGAAAUUCCGAACGCAUAUGCGCAGAAGCUUUGACAUUCGAUCUUCGGUUCGUUGCAACAACGGCGAGUUCAAGCGAUUAUUGAGAAAUAGACGGUAUUUGAGUUUGGGUUUCAUAAAUUGAGAAAGAGAAGGCGGUAUUAGAAGAGUUUCAUCAUUUCAUGCGGCGAACGCGAUUAAAACAGAUAAACAGAUAAUAAUUGUAUUUUGAAGCUUGGGUUCUUUGGGUUCAUCUCACAUCCGAGUACUAGUUAUUCGUUUCUUGUGCGCCAGUAUCGAAAGUCGGUCCGCUUCUCCUCCUUGCGAGGCACACUAGAAUUCACUCACAUUCGCAUUUAAACUUGAGCCUCUUUCAGCUCUUACACCUAGACAUCCACGCCCUGUUUUCUAGCAGACCGGUUUCCUUAUUCUUGUUCAAUCCUACAAAUUCGCUUACUGUCGACUUAACCCCCUCCUCCCCCCCCCCCUUUUGCCAAGCCGACUCUAUCAAGUAGUUUGGUCAUUUUCAAAAACUACUUCAAUAAAAACCCAACUAUAAUUCUAGACGAGACUCUUUAUUGGUUUGUAAGCCACCAUGAGUUCAAACAAUAAUAAGAUCGGAGCUGGUGGCAAGGCCAACCAAUCCAAUCCUUCAUCCAUGACAUCAAGUAAUCCUUCUCUCCUACUUGGUAAAUUCAAUGAGCGGCGCUCAACUCCGGACUCGGAGGCUUUGGCAAGCUCCGAUGAUGAACCUGACAGACAGGAUAUUCAACAGCCAGUCAAUCCACCUCAAAAGCCACCUGCACGCCGUGCCUCUUGGUUAAAUGACACAACUCAAUCUGGAACCCAACCAAGAAAGGGCUCAUUCGCAAGUAGCAGCAUGUCUCCAACGGCUUCACAUCCUAGUACACCCUCAACUGAGUCCAACGUCUGGGGCUCUCAUGUCCAAGCAGCAGCAGGUCGCGGACAUACAAGUACGAGCACAUUCCCAUGGGGCAGUGCUAUUUGGAACAGCGAGUCACGUAAAGAGCCACCCUCUAGAUUGACUGAAGUAUUACCAUCUCCAACUUCUAUGAAUCCACCGGGCUCGGCUGGCAAUGGGUACUUUCCUAAUGAAAUGAUGAGUCAACGAGACCUCUCAGCGAAUCAACCCAUCCCAUUCGCAAUCCCUCUCCAUCCUACUCCUAAGACUUACCGAUCACAAUCGUACUCUGUUGGUCAGCUCGAUCCAGACACAAGUGCUGGCCCAUCGCCAGCAGCUGUUCCGGCGGCUUCCAGUCGGGGACAUAGAAUCGGACAUUCCGGGUUGCAACAUCGACCAUCCCGGCCAAGCAUGUUGAGCGAAAUGACCGAGGGUGGUCUUGGAAAGGUUAAAGAAGUCGAGGAUGACGAUGAUGAGAGUACUAACAGUUCUUCCCAUGGUGUCCAAAUUCAAUCUCAAGAAGCCAAAACUAUAGAAUUGUUAGCUAAAGAAAAUGCAAUGUUGCGACAACAGCAACAAUAUCAGAACCUGCGUCUCCGGCCACGAUCUUCAACCUCCAAUCCUUUCGGUCUUGGCAAUGGUUAUGGCUUACAGGAAGAACCUCUACCUGAAGAGUCAGAUUAUGCAAUUGACGAACUUGAUGAGCUCAACGAUUUACAAGAUCCAUCCAAAGCGAUGCUAGGCCGAAGAAUGAGCGAGUAUGGUAUUGCUGGCGCCCAGAGAGCCUCGCCGUACACUCUCGAAAACAGAAAGUUGGAGAAUGUCAAGAAGGCUUAUUGGCAAAGCUCGCUCGGAUUCGGCGGACUAUCCGAUAUUCCGCAAAGCAGGCGCCACUCGUUCGCUGAUAUACCUGCUCGACAAGGUUCUGUUAGCUCGGCGAUUGGUGAGUCAUUGUCACAACUCGAUGCAUCUAUCCACGAGAGCCUGUCUUCAAAUGCGGGUCGGUAUAAUGAGAACAAUAGCUACUCUUCUAAUGACCAUGCAGCUUCAUACUUCGGAAAUCUUACUCAACCAGGCCCUUCCUCAUUUAAUCCUUCUGCAUAUCCUUACGGAAAUGUCAAUCAAUACUCAACUGGUCGCCCUGCAUCACCUCAUCGAAGCAUGUAUGGCGUUCCACAACCUCGACACAAUCAACUACUCUAUAUUGUGCUGUUCAAAUGCUCGCGCGCAGAUGUGUUUUAUGUUCAAGAGGGCACUGGUCUCUCUGUCAAGCCUGGUGAUCUUGUGAUUGUUGAAGCAGAUCGAGGAACCGAUUUAGGUACCGUAGCUAAGGAUAACGUGGACUGGGCUACUGCCAAGGAACUCAAAGAGCACUAUGCCGAAGAGCACUACAAGUGGCUCAUGAUGUACUCUCAGGGUGCUGUCGGUAAUACUGAUGGAACCGGUGCUGGUUUAAUGGCUGCUGCGAAUAGUAUGCAGGGAAGUGCUGUAGGCGGUAUGGGUCCACCAAGUCAGCACGGCAUGCAGGAACCUAACCCAGGAGAGAUCAAGCCCAAGAUCAUCAAGCGCCUUGCUCAAAACCAUGAGAUUCAAGCUCUGCGUGACAAGGAAGGAAAUGAAGCAAAGGCCAAGCGUGUUUGUACACAGAAGGUGAAAGAGCAUGGUCUACAUAUGGAGAUUCUAGAUGCCGAAUUUCAGAUGGAUUGGAAGAAGCUUACCUUUUACUACUUCGCCGAUGCCUAUAUCAACUUCAAUUCCCUUGUUACGGACUUGUUCAAAGUCUACAAGACAAGAAUUUGGAUGUCUGCGAUUAACCCUGCUUCUUUCGCAAGUCCCGCACUUGGCUUGCAAGCACCAAGCGGUAUCGGACCUGGAGCUGUGGGUGUAAACAGAACUACACAAAGUGAGCGUCGGCCACAACAGGCCGAGCAGCCACAAACAUACAACACAACGCAAGCAGGCCGAGGUUAUCAAGGCGUCUUUGCACAACCGUUCCAACCAACUUUGGACAGAAGUUCUGCAGCUGCUCCUGGCUUUCAGCCUCAAGGAUAUACUUAUGGAUAUUCUCCAUUUGGUUCUACCAGAAAUGUCGGUGCUACGAGCGCUUAUGCUAAUUCAAUGAUUGACCCAUAUUCUGGAUUCGCAAACGCGGCAGACUAUCAAGCACCCGGACGAUUCCCCUCUCCUCAUGGCACUACCCCAACUCACGAUGGUAGCGAAUACGGUCGACAAACUGGGCUCGUUGGUCAGUCUGAUGGUUGGAUUGGAGCUUUCCAGGGCCUGUCCAUGGGAACUCGUUGAAUCUAUGUUUUGAUUAUUACAUACGCACAUUGUCGAUCUUUUUCUUUGCCAAAUCAUAAGCAAGUCCAUAACAAUCAUUACCCCUGCCUCUGGUUUUGAAUUCCUUUUUCAUUUCCAGAUGGUGGGUUAUCAUCGACAUACUCCUCCAGAACUGGAGACUAGAUACAUUUUUCUGUUGUAAUAUACCACAGAUGCCCUUCCUCGUCGGCCCUGUUCCUAAUUCUCUACAUGUUCUAGAUGAACAUACCUAUCUACACAUUCGUUUAUUUCAUUUUCACAUUGCGUUGCCCCAGGCGGCACUUUGUUUUUAUGGGUUGGGAGAUACUAAAUACUAUGAAGACACACUGGAAUAACGUCUUCUGGAAUACAACAGUUUUAUUGCAAUUUGAUCAUAGAGGUUAAUUGAGAAGGUUUCAUUCGGAAUAGGGAUUCUUCUGGAUUUACACUACAUAAUCGGAGACAGGCAUCGGAUUCGUACACAACACACUGGACAUACUUUCCUACUUCUUCAAUUCGUCGAUACCAUUUUUGUUCCACAGUCAGUCAGGAGGACUUCACCUUUGCGUCUUCGGGACCCUGACGCCUUACCACGACUUAACGAGUAAAAAACAAUUUUCAAGAACUCCAUUGAUAGAUAGAUCUUUCAAAAUACGGCGGUGUCAAGUGGGGAAAAAAGAAAUUGGGUAAAUUUGCAAAGGAUAAUGGAUGGAUGCAUGCUUUUUUUUUUUCAUUGCUUUGUGGUUUUUGAUUCUUUUUCUGGCCUGAUUUGUUACCUUUCUGUGUCGUUUUUGUUCUUUUACGAUUCAAGGAGGCGGGGAAUCAAAUCGUUGAUGGAAUGGAAACGUUUUGAUGCAUGUUUACAGGCAUUAGGGAUGUGGAUAAGGGAAUCGGUAGCAAGAAUGGAAUUCAUACA